AUGGACGAAUUCGAGGAAAUUCUUGACGAGAAACAAUCUGAUGCGAAUUUGACGAGUCAAGCAUCGCCACAGCUAAUGACAAUUCUCACUCAACAAUUGAUGAUCAUUGUGCUGACGUUGAUUGGAAAUGGGCUCCUUGCUUUUGUGAUUCUAAGAAAUAAUCGAGUCUUGAGGAGGAAAAGGGUGACACCGGUACAGAUGUUAAUGUUGCACAUGUGUGCAGCGGAUCUCCUCUUCGCGUUGAUCACCAUCCUUCCCGAAAUGGGCAUCACCGCCGGUGGACACGUCUUCCAUGGACCCGAUGAGCUAUGCAAAUUUGUCAAGUUUAUACAGGUGAUCCCAUUGUACGCGAGCGCUUUUCUCCUAGUCGCCAUCAGCGCCGAUCGAUAUCAGGCUAUCUGCCGCCCUCUCGCUUCUAUCAAAUCUUCGGCCUACAAUCGACCGGCUCUUUUCGCGGGAAUGGCUUGGAGCACGGCCAUCGCUUUCUCUACCCCGCAGAUUCUAAUCUUUCACAAACAAGGGAAAUAUUGCACCGAGAAUUACACGAGUCAGUGGCAGUAUCCAGCCUAUGUCAUUCUGUUCAAUAUGGUCGUUUGGUUACUUCCGUCAGCUAUUGCUGGCUAUUUAUACUAUUGUGUGUGCAAAGCCGUUUGGCAGAGUACUCGUUUUGGAGACGUUUUCAAGGGGGACAAAAAAAUGCCGUUAUUGAAGAAUCGACAAACGGCUGAGCUUCAGAUUCAUGAAAAGGGGGUUCGUGUUCACCAAAUCGAGCUCGAUCGUCGUCGAAUUCAGACCGUCAAAUUGACGAUGACGAUCGUUGUCGCGCAUUUCAUCUUAUGGACUCCUUUCUGUGUCAUUUCUGUCAUCGAUUCGCUCACCCCGAAAGCGAUCAGCCCAGUCGUUGCCACGUACAUCAUGCUAUUUGGCAAUUUGAACUCGUGUGUGAACCCGUGGAUCUGGUUUUUCUUCAAUGGCUCCCAUUUGAGGCGAGCGAUCGGAUGUAGAAAUGCGCAAACGGCGGGACCGAUGUACGUUCAGAGUCGAAGUCCUGGUCAAACGGAAUGCUCGAAUAUGGAGCUGUUGAACACGUCGCCCGUCGCACCAAAAAGAUCCAAUUCGAGA